GAUAUGGAGGCAAAUGGGAGCCAAGGCACCUCGGGCAGCGCCAACGACUCCCAGCACGACCCCGGUAAAAUGUUUAUCGGUGGACUGAGCUGGCAGACCUCACCAGAUAGCCUUAGAGACUAUUUUAGCAAAUUUGGAGAAAUUAGAGAAUGUAUGGUCAUGAGAGAUCCCACUACGAAACGCUCCAGAGGCUUCGGUUUCGUCACGUUCGCAGACCCAGCAAGUGUAGAUAAAGUAUUAGGUCAGCCCCACCACGAGUUAGAUUCCAAGACGAUUGACCCCAAAGUUGCAUUUCCUCGUCGGGCCCAACCCAAGAGGCUUUCCAGAAUUAGCAGUAUUUCCUGGGUUUGGAAGAAUUGCUGUUUCUUCCAUAAGUGUGAAUCUUCAAAUUUCCAGGUUAGUCAUUUGAUCACCCAGAACUAGGAUCAGAUUAACCUAGAAGGAAACUGGAAAAAUCCCUGACUUGGUCAAACCAUGGGUUUGACCUGUUUUCUCUUCCCUCUUGUUGCCCACCCCUCACUCCCACCACUUUUUUUUUUUUUUUAAACCAGGAAAGCUGUAUUUCAUUUUAACAUACUCUGGCAUUUGGUUUUUCGGUGAUGCAUUCAACUUGAAAAUGAGAUACACUAUUUCUCGAACUUGUCAAAGUGUCCACCUCCCCUCCCCCACCCCCAGCCUGGAGUCUGGGAUGUUUUAGGUGGAUUGUCAGACUUUUAGAUGUGAGCAAAUAUUAUACCAGUUGGGGGAGGACAUCUUUCUGUGGAGUUCUAGAGAUUGCAUAACAAUACCUUGCUUUUUAUGGCACCCUUUCCCAAGGACUUUCCUAUCUGUUAUCUCCAUCUGCAUCUCAGGUCCCAAGACACUGAGCAAACCACCUCUCCCGGCCUGUUUGCUCUUCUGUAAAAGGUGAGUGAUGGGGGUAGCUCCCUCACAAGGUUGCUGUGGAGAAUGAAAGAGCCCGGCACGGGGUGAGGGCCUCAUCCAUCCCCAUCGUCACCAUUAUCAUUAUUUUUGUUGGUUUAAUCAUCUUUCUUUUUGUUAUCUUCAAGUGCAGCAGCUUGGGUUCGGAUCCCGGCUCUGCCCCUCAUUCGCUGCGUGGAUGUGGGCAAAUCGUUUGGUUUCUUGGAAUCUCAUAUACUCCAUCUUACUGGGUUUUUUUGCGGAUUAAAUAAAUUAAUAAAGGUAAAGUGCUUAAAAAACAAAAAGACCUGGCGUGUGGUAAUACCAUAUAUAUUACCUGCUGUUUUUACUGUUAAUGUUGUUAGGCUCUCAUACCAGUCGCCAAGAGAGGUCUAGUGAUCAUAAUGACGUUAAUUGAAUUUAUGUGGCAGGCACUGUUGUAGGGUCCUUACGUAUAUCAACUCAUCCAGUCUUCGCCUGUGUCCUGAGAGGUGGGCACUAGGAUUAUGUCCAAUCUAUAGAUGAGAAAACCGAGGCAUACAUGGGCUGAGAAGUGGGGUACGGGCAGCCUAGCUCCAGAACCGGGCCCCUGCCCGGUAAGCUAUCCUGUGGCGGGAUCUAGGGGUAUCACCUGUCCGUUCGGGUGGAGGACGCAGCGCAGGGUGGUGUUCAGGCUGUGAGGAGCUGAACCGUAGCCAGCGUGCGCGGACUUUGAAGGUCCCUGGUUGGGUGAUUCACCCAGCCCCCGUGAUGUCAUCCCGUGGGGUGACUCUGGCUGGCCGUGUGGAGGGGCACCCUUUCACAGGGCUCUGGGCUUUGCUCAGCUCCAGGGAAGCGGCUGGGGAAUUGGCGAGGUGUGUGCUCGUUGGGAGUUGGGGCAGGAUGGGGAGAAAGUGCCUUUCUUGUCAACGGUUCUUUUCUGAUAGAAUUUGAGCCCGGCCACGGGGAUUUCAGACUGAAGUUAGUGUUGGAGGCCAAACUCUGGCUGGCAGGGAGUCUAGGAGUUUAAGUCACCCUUACUUAUUUUUUGUUUAUCUCCCUUCAAUAAAACUUCUGUGUGUGGACGUGUCGGGGUCCCGGUGCGAGGUGAACUGCGCCCCUCCUCGGGGGCUGGGUGAGGAGCUUGUCAAUGAUACAGCGUGGGUUUCAGUUAAAAUGCAUUUCUCUGCUUUCUGGCCGUCUCUCUUUGCUAGCACUCGCCAGAGAAAUAUUCGUGGAGGUGUUAAAACAAGACUAGUGGAAAGAAACUGUAACUUAAUACGAAAGCAAAGCCGUGGCAGUGAGGAGCAGAUUUCAUAUUAGUACUGUCAUAAUAUUCUUUAAUGUAUCAUAUAAAUAAAAAUCCGUUUUGACCAGAAUUUUAAUGAGCGAUCCGAAGGAAGGGCUUUGAAUCCUGCAGUUCAUUCAUCCCCCUUUGCGAUGUAAAUGUUCACCUCUCAAGUGAAGUAUAAUGGGGCUUUAUUAACUAGUCGAGGGGCGACUCUUUGGAGACUAGUGGCCGUUAAUUAGCAAAGUACAUUUUGAUCAGAAGACGAUGGGUCCGUUCUGUGCCUUCCUAUUUCGCUGGAUGAUUAUUUCAUUUUGUAAAAUAUGUAAGAGUUUCUUCCCCUCUGUCUUUUAAAAAAUUAAAAUGGUCGUGCUAUUCUAAAAAAGAUGACUUAAUUUGAAGCCGUUGGAGGAACGGGCAUGAUUGGGAUCAAUCAUGUCAUAUCAUUUUGUCAGUCCCUUUGGGCAGAAGCGUUGGCUGCCUGCAAGAGUUUUGCUCAAGCUCGUGGGUUCUUCUUCUCGUGUGGAAAAACCAAGAGGCUCUCGAACCUCUUAGGGGCACGGGCGAGUCUGGGUGUAACUCCCCAUCUGCCCUACUUAUCCUCAUGUGUCAUAAAGCUUUCUCUGCUCCCCAGGUUGCCAUUUUCCUCCUUAUGUGUCAGAGGCCAGAACCUUAUCUGUUGAUCCAUGGAGAUCUCAUUUCUUCAGCCUAUUUCCAGUUGCUUCACUGGCAGCUGGGUGACCAUGGGCACCCCACGUGGGCC